UGGUGUUAGGAAUUGUUUUUCUGCGCAUUUCCACACUAACUCAAUACGUGCGUACAUGUACACCACCUCCUGAGCUGGCGUAGGAUUUGAGUGUGCCGUACGCCAACGUCCAUAUUGAUAAAUCUCAAAGUCACCGUGGUUUUGGGUGUACGCCAGGUGUACGCUGGAAAUUUGGUGUACGCACUUUUGAUAAAUGAGGGCCACUGAGUCCAGCUGUAAGGAACUGCAGAAAGGCUCGAGAACUGCAGUAUACAGAAGGACAAAAUCCCCAAUGAUCAACAAACAGCUAAGGUCUGUGAGACUACACACACCAGCAAAAUAGAUUUUGUGUACAAAGUGAGACUGGUAAAUUUUACAGAAGAUUUCUCCACUGACCUUUUCACAGUGAAGUUACUGGAAGUCAUCAAAGAAGGAACUCUUGAUGAGUCCUCAGAAUAAACAGCGCACUUUCCUCAGUUACCCCUACUGCAGGCAGUCUUUAGAUCUGGGUAUGGGAAAAACCUACCUUAUCAUGGGCACGUCCAAAGAUAUUCACAGAGAUGGCAUACAUCAAACGUAUCAGUAUGUAUUAGGAGAGAGCAUCUGGAUAGAGUACUGGCCCACAGAAGUGGAGUGUCAAACUGAGGAACACAGAAUUACCUGUUUGGGCAUGGAGGAGAUGGUUAAUCAGUACCAACUCUUUGAGUGUCAGCAGUAGUGAAACUCAAGAAAGGAAAAUCAGAAGUUAAAAGUUAAAUAAAAAUGAGUCCACCAUAAUAAAAGAGCGGAGAUAACAAACAGUUUCUCAACUGCUGCUGGGAAAUCAUGUGAAAUUGGGUUUGUAUUUACAAAGCUGUAGAAAUCUGUUGGAUUAACAAAAUAUGUAUAUCGGUUGCACAUAAUACCAUCUCAUUCAUUAAAUUUAUGUUCAAUUUAAAGGUCUUGUAUUUAAAAGCUCUGCAUUAUGUUCAAUAUAUUCAAUUACUAAACUAACUUGUAUACAGAAUGUUUUCAUGUUCAAUCAAACCAAUCUGUUAGGACUCACGCCAUUGACCUAUACAGCUUAGAUAUGUUUGUUUUAUCAAUUCUACAUGAUAAUGUCUAAAAUCUGAUUUCUGGUGAAAGUAUUUUGUACAUCAUUAUUCCUGUUCCUACUAAAUAUUUGAAGUACAUUUACUAUCGUACAUUUUUGAAAGCAAAAAUGGCAAAAAGCAUAAAACACAUUUCUUGCACAAAAUAAAUUGUAUUUGGUCAUAUAAUACUGUACAUCUUUACCAAUAGAACACAUUGUACAGUGCAAUUCAAACAAGUUUAAGUUGUAUAUACUGCAUAUAUACCAGAACCCAGUAAAACACAAUUACCUAAAACAUAUGCCUUAUGACAAAUACUAAUAUUUAAAAAUAAAAAAAUAGCUUAAUUUUAUUUAUUUAUAUUUUCACAGCACUUUGAGCACCACAAGUCAAUUGCCAUUUAGUUCCAUUGUACUACUAUUGCCAAUAAAUCCAACUCACACCAAAACGAUUUAGAUUAAUAAAUAGGAAUACAGGUAAGAGGGGAAAAUAAUUGUUUUUCAUUUAUCCUAAACAUAACAUGCACCUUGACACGAGAGAGAAAAUUGAAGAGGAGGACUGGUGAGACAUCCUAGAGGUGAAGUGGAGGUGGUGGGGGGGGAGUGGAUAAAAGGAGGGUGCUGCAGAUCGACAGUCCAGAGUGGAUCAGGCUGAAGGAUGAGUAGGACUCUGCUGUGGCUGCUGGCCUCUCUGGCCUUUGUCUCUCUGACUUCUCUGGCUGAUGGAGCUGCAUUGAAGCUGAUGUCUGCCCCUAACUUGUUGCGGGUAGGAACAGCAGAAAACAUCUUUGUGGAGUGUCAAGACUGCACCGGGGGAAACAUCCCGGUCCAAAUCCACGUGAUGAACCAUCCAGCCAAAACCAGAAGGCUGACAUCCACAUCUGUGACCCUUACCAGUGAAAGAAACUUCCAGGAGCUCGGACAAAUUACGAUCCCUGUUGGAAACUUCAGUAAGGCUCCUACCAUGAAACAGUAUGUGUACCUGCAAGCUCAGUUCCCUGACAAAGUGCUGGAGAAGGUGGUCUUAGUGUCCUUCCAGUCCGGGUACAUCUUCAUCCAGACUGACAAGACCCUCUACACCCCCAACAGCAAAGUUCAUUACAGGAUGUUUGCAGUGACCCCCCGUAUGGAGCCCGUAGAGAGGGAUGCCGAAGCCCAAACUGAUGCUGCUAUUGCCAUCGAGAUUGUGACCCCUGAAGGCAUCAUUUUACCAUGUGAUACAGUCUUUUUGAGAUCAGGGAUCCACUCUGGAGGUUUCCCACUCGCUGAAACUAUCAGUACCGGACUGUGGAAAGUGGUGGCGAAGUUCAAGAGCAACCCACAGCAGAGUUAUUCUGCAGAGUUCGAGGUCAAAGAAUAUGUGCUGCCCAGUUUUGAAGUUAAACUGAUACCUGAAAGCUCCUUCUUCUACGUGGACAGUCGAGAGCUCACCGUCAACAUCAAAGCGAGCUAUCUCUUUGGUCAAGAGGUAGACGGGAUGGCCUACGUGGUGUUUGGGGUUAUGCAAGAAAAUAGUAAGAAGAGCUUUCCAAGUUCUCUUCAGAGAGUGCAGAUAAGUGAAGGUAUUGGAGUGGUCAAACUGGAGAGAGAGCACAUCACACAGACUUUCCCAAACAUCCUUGAACUGGUGGGGAGGUCCAUAUAUGUAGCUGUCAGUGUGCUGACGGAGAGCGGUGGUGAAAUGGUGGAGGCAGAGUUGAGAAGUAUCCAGAUUGUUACAUCACCUUACACUAUCACCUUUAAGAAAACUCCCAAAUAUUUUAAACCAGGAAUUUUAUUCAAUGUUGCGGUUGAAGUUGUGAAUCCUGACGGCACUCCGGCAGAGCGUGUUCCAGUGGUGGUCGACCCAGGCCAGGUGCAGGCUUUAACCACAGCCAACGGCAUGGCAAAGCUUUCCAUCAAUACAGAGGCGAGGGAACAAAGACUGACAAUCACCGCAAGGACCAAUGAUCCUCAUAUUUCACAUGAAAGGCAAGUAUCAGCCACCAUGGUAGCUCUCCCAUAUACCACUCGAAGUAACAACUACAUCCACAUAAGUGUGGAUACAGCUGAGCUGGAAUUGGGAGACACCCUUAAAGUCAACCUCAUCCUCAAGAGGCAGGAAAAUCAUGACAAGGACAUCACAUACCUGAUCCUGAACAGAGGUCAACUGGUGAAAAAUGGCCGUUUCAACACAAGAAGCCAUGUAGUGAAUACCCUGAAAGUCACUGUUACCAAAGAAAUGCUGCCAUCGUUCCGCAUCAUAGCCUACUACCACACAAAUGGCAAUGAAGUGGUAUCAGACUCUGUUUGGGUGGAUGUAAAGGACUCCUGCAUGGGCUCGCUGAGGCUGGAAUCAUCCAACCCCUAUCGGUCCUAUGGGCCUCGAAAGAGGUUUGGUCUGAAGAUCACUGGAGACCCAGGGGCCACAGUGGGACUGGUGGCAGUUGACAAAGGCGUCUAUGUCCUCAACAACAAGCACCGUCUCACCCAGAAAAAGGUGUGGGAUAUUGUAGAGAAGUACGACACAGGCUGCACACCAGGUGGAGGGAAGGAUGGAAUGGGUGUGUUCUACGAUGCUGGGCUGUUGUUUGAGUCAAACACAGCUUCGGGGACUCCUGACAGACAAGAAUUGAAAUGCCCGGCCCCCAGCAGGAGGAAACGAGCUGCUACUAUAAUGGACAUCACAACCAGCUUAGGUGAGGAAGACAACAGUUACAUGGACAGCAAUGAAAUUUUUUCUCGCACCUACUUCCAUGAAAGUUGGCUGUGGUCAGACUUCAUACUGCCUGCUUGUCCUCAGGAAAACCCUAACUGUGACACUACAACAUUGAUGAAAACCAUUCCUUUGCUAGAUUCAAUGACAACCUUGCAGUUCACUGGCAUUAGUCUGUCAAGAACUCACGGAAUCUGUGUUGGGGAGCCAUUAGAGGUCAUUAUCCGGAAGGAAUUCUUCAUUGAUCUCAGGCUGCCGUACUCUGCUGUCCGUCAAGAGCAGCUGGAAAUUAAGGCAAUCCUCCACAACAACAGCCCUGAUCCUCUCACUGUGCUUGUGGAUCUGACUGAGGAGGAGCAUGUAUGCAGUUCAGCUUUUAAACGUGGGAAGUAUCGCCAGGAAGUCAAAAUGGGGGCCCAAACUACACAAGCUGUACCCUUCAUCAUUAUUCCUAUGAAAGAAGGAAAAUAUAAUAUUGAGGUCAAAGCAGCUGUUAAGGAUUCUUUGCUCAAUGAUGGAAUCAUCAAGAAGUUGCUGGUGGUGCCUGAAGGCGUACUGGUUAAAUCUCCUCAGAUUAUACUCCUAGACCCCACUACUAAAGGUGUAGGUGGUCAACAAGAAGAAACUCUCAACAGUGGAAUUCCUUUCAAAGAUUUGGUUCGAAAUACACCUACUAGCACACAGUUCUUUGUAACAGGGAGAAAACAAGUUUCUGCGCUGGUGGAGAACGUGGUUAGUGGGAACUCUAUGGGUACUCUGAUCAUCCAGCCCAGUGGCAAUGGAUUGUUGAACAUGGACGGCAUGACUCUACCAGUCAUUGCAGCCACAUAUUUGGACAAAACCAACCAGUGGGAAACUGUGGGCCUUCAGAAACGUAACGAAGCCCUCCAACACAUCAAGACCGGCUACCAGAAUGAGCUUGUCUUCCGUAAAAGUGAUGGGUCUUUUGCUGUGUUUCAGCAGAAAGAGAGCAGCACCUGGCUGACAGCUUAUGUUGCCAAGGUGUUUGCCAUGGCUAACAAUCUGGUGGAAAUGCAAAGUCAACACAUCUGUGAAGCCAUCAGGUUUCUGAUUCUCAACGCACAGCAAACUGAUGGCGAGUUUCGAGAGAUUGGAUUUAUGUACAGUAACACAAUACGUAGUGGGGUGGUAGAAAGAGAGUCAGAUGCCUCCAUGACAGCCUUCUGCCUCAUUGCCAUGCAGGAGUCUCGCCCACUAUGUGCUGCCAGUGUUAAUAUGCUGCAAACCAGUAUACACAAAGCAGUGGCCUAUCUGGAAAGGCGUUUGCCCCACCUCACCUACUCAUAUGCUGUUGCCAUGACGUCAUAUGCACUGGCCAAUGAAAAGAAACUGAACAAGGAGAUCCUCUACAAAUUUGCUUCCCAAGAGUUGUCCCACUGGCCAGUAUCUACGGGACACGUUUACACACUGGAGGCCACAGCUUACGCUCUUCUCGCUCUGGUCAAAGCUGAGGCAUUUGAAGAAGCCAGACCUGUUGUCAGAUGGUUCAACACACAGCAGAGGGUUCACGGAGGCUAUGGAUCAACUCAGGCUACUAUAAUGGUGUACCAGGCUAUAGCGGAGUACUGGGCUAGUGCUAAAGAACCAGACUAUGAUCUGAAUGUGGACAUCUUUUGGCCGGGCAGGUCAAAGCCUGACAGGUACUACUUCAACAGGGACAACUACUACACCACCAGAACAUCUGAAAUCGAAGGUAUAAACCAUAAUGUAACAGUAACUGCAACAGGCAUAGGAGAAGCAACAGUGACAAUGGUGUCUCUGUAUUACGCUAUGCCUAAAGAAAAGGAGAGUGACUGUCAGAAGUUUAACUUGUCAGUGCAGCUCCUCCCAGAUGUGGAUGGGAAUGAGAACAUAUACAAGCUGAAAAUGGAGAUUUUCUAUAAGGAUAAGGACAGAGAUGCAUCCAUGUCAAUCCUGGAUAUUGGCUUGUUAACUGGCUUCACCGUUAACACAAAUGACCUGGACUUAUUGUCUAAAGGAAGAGCCAGCAUUAUUGCAAAAUAUGAGAUGAACACAGUCCUGUCAGAAAGAGGCUCACUCAUCAUCUACCUGGAUAAGGUUUCUCACACACGACCAGAGGAGAUCACUUUUAGGAUCCAUCAGGAGCUGAAAGUGGGAGUCUUACAACCAGCUGCUGUGUCUGUCUAUGAAUACUAUGACCAAACGCAUUGUGUGAAAUUCUACCAACCAGAGAGGAAAGCUGGAAAGCUAGUGCUCUGUACAAAUGAUGAAUGCAGAUGUGCAGAAGAGAACUGCAGUAUGCAGAAGAAGGAAAAAAUCCCCAAUGAACAGCGAACAGCUAAGGUCUGUGAGAAUACACAGACCAGCAUAAUAGAUUUUGUGUACAAAGUGAGACUGGAAACUUUUACAGAAGGUUUGUCCACUGACAUUUUCACAGUGAAGGUACUGGAAGUCAUCAAAGAAGGAAGUCUUGAUGUGGGUCCUCUGAAUAAACAGCGCACAUUCCUUAGUCAUCCCCAUUGCAGGAAGUCUUUAGGUCUGAGGAUGGGAAAAACCUACCUUAUCAUGGGCACGUCCAACGAUAUUCACAGAGUUGACGGACCUGAAUUGUAUCAGUAUGUAUUCGGAGAGAGCAUCUGGAUCGAGUACUGGCCCACAGCAGCAGAGUGUCAAACUAAAGAACACAGAAUUACCUGUUUGGACAUGGAGGAGAUGAUGAUUCAGCACCAACUCUCUGGGUGUCAGCAGUAGUGAAACUCAAGAAAAGAAAAUGUUCAUUUAAAAAAAAAAAAAUAUAUAUAUAUACACUGAUUACUGUUAUGGUAAUAACGGUAUAGUUGACUUCAUGUUUAAUAAAUAAUUUUAUGAAAUUGAUAAUGUUGAGCUCAGUGGAGUGAUGCAUACAGUUCAAUUUAAAAUGAAACAAAUUUCAAAUUGGUUGUGACUUAUAUUGGCAGACGUGACAAAGGUUUAGUAUAUACAGAAGCAUGUCAUCUGCAUAUAGCAAAGCUUAUGUUCUUUGAAGCCAGGAAUUAUUCUUUAUAUUGUUCGUUGUUGUUAUUAAUUUUACUUUCACAUGAAUAUUACACAGCAAUAAAGCGGUGUAAUUUCUUUCCGCGAUAAAAUAAAGACAUCAACCAA